AUGGGUGACGAGGAGCUCCGCUGCUUUGUUGGUGGCCUCUCGUGGGGCACGGAUGACCGCGCUCUCUCGGAUGCUUUCCACGACUAUGGAGCUGUUGACGCUAAGGUUGUGAAUGAUCGAGAAACCGGCCGCUCCCGAGGGUUUGGAUUUGUCACGUUCAACGACAAGGCCGGCAUGGACGAUGCAAUCAAGGCCAUGAACGGCAAGGAACUUGACGGCCGGACUAUUACCGUCAACCGCUGCACAUCAGGAAUGGCACCCUCAGUCGCCGAGGAGGCGGCAGCGCGAUUGGCGGCGGCAGAGACAGUGGGGAUCACGCUGUCGGCUGAAGUGAAACGCGCGUUGGUCACAGGACGUGGCGCUGGAAUCGACCAUCAUCUGUCAUGGUACGCCGUGGUUCACUGCGGUGCAGCACUGCGCUACAAGCUCAUCAGGCAACUGCCACCGCCGCCAUGUGGCGCGAUUCGGCAGCGCAAGGCGCGGGACCAUGGCCUAGUUUUAAGCUUUGACAUGUCUCAAAGCCCGUGCAAGCUGCAUGUUUUCGUGGUUGUACAGAUGUCGUUGAUUGCAAGGAUUCUGUUGACUGCGCGGAUUCUGUUGACUGCACGGAUUCUUUUGACUGCGCGGAUUCUGUUGACUGCGCGGAUUCUGUUGACUGCGCGGAUUCUGUUGACUGCGCGGAUUCUGUUGACUGCGCGGAUUCUGUUGACUGCACGAAUUCUGUUGACUGCACGAAUUCUGUUGACCGCACAAAUCCCAUUACUCCUCUGCUCCCGCCUCUCCCUUACAUCUCUGCCCCCUCUUCCCCCCGCCCUUUCCCCUGUCUCACCCCACCAAGGCAUGCCGUACCCUCAGAAUCUGCAGGCAGCGGAGGGCGUGGAGGGCAUUAUCCGCCAGGAGGGAGCAGUGCCAUCAUUGACGGCCGGCCAUCCCUCUCCCAUACAUCUGUGCUCCUCCUGGUUUCCCUGUCUUUACCCCCUCCCAAGGCAUGCCGUAUCCACAAAAUCUGCAGGCAGCAGAGGGCGUGGAGGAUAUCAUUUGGAGAGAGGGAGCAGUGCCGGCCACCAUUGCCAUCAUUGA